AUGGUUUUUCUGUCAAGACAAUAAUUUUUAGGUUUUGAAAUGAUGAAAUUUGUGUGUGUUGUGAUUGCAAAAGAAAAACCUGUAUGCGUCGAAAAGUUUUGAGAUAUGGAAUUCUAAUCUGGAACCUUCUAGGAGAUAUAUUUAUUCGAAAGGCGACAAUGAAUAAACGUACAAAUAUGAAAUCCGAAGAAAACGUUUGCCAGAUUUCUUUUAAAUAGAAAAACUUUCCUCGAUUUAAAUGGCACAUGAAUUUCUACAACUCAAAGAGUGGUAGCCCCGCAUCAAUACACUCCGCUGCGCUUUUGGUCAAGAAGGUUUUCCAAAAUUCGGUUCAAGAUAUUGCAAAACUAAUCCAAAAAGUCUUUAAAAUAUUUGGACAUAUGUACAUAAGUAUAUGGAUCUUAUUCUGUGGGAAUGUAUUUAUUGUAGUAUCCAACAAUGUAUUAAAGGAACCCCUGUAGGUUUUCUCAUCAGCAGUUUCCUCGCUAACCACAGCGUCGCCCCCAAAUGAAGACACUAUUUAUUGGGCAAUAAUAUGCAGUGCUGCACAAUCUUACAUACAAACAACACUAUAUGUGUUAUAUGCACACAUGUAUGUAUAUACAUACAUAUGCAUGUAUUUGGUCACCUUAGUGCGCAAUUCUGUAUGUCAUUGCUCGCUAACAUUUCUUGCUUCGGUUUGUGUAACACUGAACAGUCAAUUGCCGGAAAGGAAGUAGAUCCAUGCGGAAUUCUUCCGUUUUGCCUUUUCCUAGCAACAGCAACAACAACAUUAGUAUGUACAUACAUAUCUUCAUCAAAGCAGUGAAUUUGUGAGCCAGAGAAAACAUCACAAUAAGGAAACGCUGACGAUCAGUAAUUAGAGGAAGUGCUGCCGCUGUGUCUUUGUCCCGACAUAUCUAAACAAACUACAUUCAUACAAUUAAUUUGAAGAAUGACUACUCGUACAAUCUAUACCACUGGGAUGGAGAGUAGUAAAAAAGGCAGAGUGAACUGUGAAAUAAUGCCAAUUAAUUGAUUUGUUUGCGAAAUGUCACAGUUGUGACAUAAUGACACCGUUUAAUGCCUUAUUUGUUUCACUUUACUUUUAUUUACUGGGUUUCCUUUGCAUUUCUAAGACGUUCGUUUGAGCGAUUGCUGUGGGCCCAGCAUGUGUGGCGAUCAUCUCCCUGUGCAGCCAAAUAGGUGUCGAGCCGUAGGCGCACUCAAUUAGUCGUGUGUGGUUGCCGUUCUGCAUUCGUAUGUUCGAAAGAAAGAAACGAGUAUUGCUGACUAUUUUGACAUUUAGAACACAAUAACAGUGUCAAGAAUGCACCACAAGAGUCCAUCCAUCAAAAUCGUCUAAAAAUACCCACAUACAUAUAAACAUGUUUCGUUUUUUAAUUGCUCAGCAAAAAUUGAAGGAAUUUCAGUAAAAUGAAGCAAUCUUGCAGAUGUGUGCCAAGAACAAUCAUACGGCAUAUUUAUUUUUUGAUAUACGGUGAUGUUAGUUCUAAAGAUAAUUAAAAUUUACCUUGCAAAGCAAAACUACCAGGUGGUUUAUAUCUUUUUUAAUAAUUUUUCAGCCUUUUUAUUUUUUAUAUAUCCCACUUGCUUUUCUGUAUUGUUAGAAAAUCUAUUUAACAGUUAUAAUUCAUCUGUAUCCUUUGCCGCUUACCCUCAAACUUGAAUGAGUUUUAUAAGAAAUCAUUUUCUCCAUUCUUGAAAAAUUGGAUGUUUUCCAUUCGGUGGCUAUCUGCUUUAGCAAACUAUAUUUUAUAUUCAGCAGAGUUAUGAUAUAGUUCGAGAUUCUCAUAAUAACAUGUAUAAAUUUCAUCAGUCUUCAACCGAAUAUAAAUUACGGUUAUGUAAUAAGCAUGCAGUAGAGUCAUAUCCCUUAAUUAUAUGGUAUAUUUUCCCACAAUUUGCAAAAAAAACACUAGUUUGCUCGAUAACCCACAGAGACAUUCAAGGGCCCCUUGCAACAUAAACAAUCUCAAUAAACCACAAAGCAACCAAAACAAGCAAAGAAAUUGCAUUAUUUGACUGGGUGGCCCAAACGGUAGUUUCGCAAUGAGGUUCCGUUGCCAUAAAUUACCUGCCACACAAGUUGCAAGCAGAGAACGGAGAACUACUAUUAAUUGUUUGCUCUGAUAAAGGACAUAUUUAUAUCAUUCAGAUUUUGACUCAUCGUAUACUUUGCGAGAAUUUAGUGAAAAGAGUGAAUGGCAGGCGCAGAACAAAGGCCUAAAGAGGAAACAAUAAGAAGUGAGUGAAGUGAGAAAGAAGAAAGUAAGGCCAAAGAAAUCCCCAUACAUUCUAAAUUACCAACACCUUUGGUGGCAAACAUUUUAGUUGGCAAUAAAGCAUCGACAAUGUCAACAAUACGGAUCCCGGCGAGUCCAAUUCAUUUGGGCUACCUUACACGCAGCCACAGAAGCGCAACCAAAGAUCGCCAUAUCAAAUUUAGCCAAAAGUGGUUGCGCUCAAUGAACUUGGACUUGCGCUCUGCGAACUUUUGGUGCGUAACGGUAAAUAAAUACGAAUGCCACAACGUUGGUAUAUUAAUGAUUAAAAAUCUAUGCUAUUUUUGUGCUUCAACUCUGUCUUGUGGAGCGCAGCGAUUGUGUGGUGAAUAGCGCAAAAUUCAUAGAUACCAUGGUGAGCCGAAGACUGCUUGUCGUACUAAAGUCGUCAAGCUUCUGCGACAAACGUAAAGAGUGAAGCACAAGAGGUGCAUAGGAAACGACAACCAACAACAAGGUGAAAGCAGCGGCAGCAGUAACGACAGCUUUGGCUCCAACAGCGCCAACUUGUACCACCGCAGGCAAUGCACGAACAGUCGCUUAGCAGUAGCACAGCAGUGGUGCCGUCGUGACAAUCGAUGCGGUGGUGAAAAGUCAGUACAAUUCUACGGUCUUCCCUUUAUGGAAGGACGGUCGCACUCUUGGCCACAAUGUGUUAUUAUUGAAGAAAAAAAUUAAACUGAAUAAAUUAAGUGUAAAUAAAAUUUAAUAUAAUAUAAUAUAGCGCAAUUACAAAUAAGCAAGUCAAUAAUGCUAUGCAUUCGAGUGUGAAAUGAAGUGUUGUUUUCCGACUGAAAAGUAGUGAGGCUCUUGCGUAUAAGAAAAAUUUUCAAUGAGCAACUUGAAAUUGUUUUAUUCCUUCUGCUUUUUCUGCAAAUACGCAACAACAUAAUAUUCUGUGUAUCUGAAAACUGUAACGCCACCACCACAGCGCCCAACCACCCAACCGAACACCCACUUUUACGCUGCCAUCACACGAUUGCAGUUGUGUGUCAUACCGAAAAAAACCAAAACUCAGAAAAAUAAUGAAAAAGUUAAAAUAAAAAAAAAAAAACAGGCGAGCCAAAUGAAAAAAGUGUAUACAGGAAGAAAGGGCUGCGACAAAAACCUCUUCAGUGACAAAGCAAAUGGUGCUAAUCGCGGUACAAGCGGAGUCUGAAUAAUCGAAUCGAGUGAGACACACAUUCUGACCGAGGGAAAAUCGGACGAAAAAUACAACGAAAAGAAAGUCGAGAAAACAAUAGUGUUUCACUUUUUUAUUAGGAAAUAUUUUUACUAAUGAAAUGUGCAAUUUUAAUGCCAACACCUCGUUAGUCAUUAUACAUACAACUGUGUAAAUCGUCACACACAUACACAAACACAAAUAUAUGUGUGAUUUCAAAUCCAAAAAGACUGAAAAGUGCAAAUGCAAGUGACAGUGAAAAUAAGAUAAACGCGUUUAAUAUUGCAGCCACGAAGUUAAGCAGGUGUAAGCUGUGCGAAUAUCCUUUGAGGAAACAAUCAAAAUAACAAUAGCGCUUUGGAGACAAAGCUCAAAUAAUCGGAACGACUACAACAACACAAACAGACACACAAAAAUAUAAUACAAAAUGAUUGUACGAAGAAGAAGCCGUCGAGCACGCAUGUGGAAUAUGGGACUAUUGUUCCUUAUUUACUACUGUGUUAGUGUGUACUCGGCCAAGAGUGAGGGAAAGACGGAGAGUAUGUUCAAUGCCGAGAAUUUACAAGAAGAAGGCGAUAGUGGAUUGGAUGAAGCAGGCAGUAACGGACCCUCAGAUAGUGAUCUUGCGGAUGCCGAUGUGAUGGAUAGUACACUCAGCUCUAUAACUACAACGGAGACUACGAUUAUGACAACGGAAGCCACACACACCGCUGCCAAACACGCCGUUCCCACUUGGCGACCAAAACGAAAUUGUACCCCGCCCGCCAUAGAACAAUUUCCCCAGCCAUUGAUGGGUAAAUGGGCACGUCAGCAUGGUGGACUCGUCAUUCACGUACUCGUUGCCAUUUUUACGUUCUUUGGUUUGGCUAUCGUUUGUGAUGAAUACUUUGUUGCCAGUUUGGAUCGUCUGUGUGAAGAAUUGAAGCUGUCACCCGAUGUGGCGGGCGCUACUUUCAUGGCAGCGGGUAGUUCCGCGCCCGAAUUAGCCACGGUGGUGAUUGGUGUAUUUUUCGCCAAGGACGAUAUCGGCAUUAGCGGCGUUAUUGGCUCGGCGGUGUUCAAUAUAAUGUUUGUAAUAUCGGUCUGUGCACUAUGCUCUGGAACUGUGUGUCAACUGAAUUGGUGGCCAUUGGUGCGUGAUUGCUUCUUUUAUAGUCUCUCCAUAUUGGUGAUGUUGAUUAUCAUCUUUAAUGACGUUAUAUCUUGCUAUGAAUCCGUAUUCAUGUUGCUAUGCUAUGUGGGAUAUUGUGUGGCGCUACAUUUCAAUACGGAGCUGGAGCGUUGGGCUUUGUCCCUAAAUCUACCAUUCAAGUUGCCCACAAAGGAAGAACAAUCUUCACUGGUAACAUAUAAGAAUAUGCCGGACAACUCAUAUACACAAGGCACUCAGCAGCAACAACAGCAAACAAGUCUUACACAAGACGGUGCAUCUGGUUCACAACAACAGCAACAGGCAACAAACGAAUACCAAAGCUAUGGAGAAUCAAAUACUAGUUGGGAUCCAAACGCCGCUUGGGGCGAUGAAUCGUCCACAAAUCCAGUGGGAGUCAGUGUUAGAUACGGCCAACCGCCUGGCGAAGAUGACUGGGGUACGAAUACGUUCUACGCCUCUGGACCCGGAUCGGGACAAGAUAAUAUGGCUUAUAAUCCUGAUCAACCGGAUGCCGUCGUCACAGAAACAAAUACAAAUGGUGACGGCAGCAAACCGACUGUGGGUAAACCACAACCAGCUGGUGUUGAAUAUUAUAAAUCAGCUGAUAAAUCGAAAGAGGCACGCCCCAAUCCAUUAGAACGUCCCACGGAAGGCGGACUUCCAACACUGAUCGCCUGGUAUGUCGUCUAUCCCAUACAUUAUUUAUGCAAGAAAACUAUGCCAGAUUGUCGCACCGAAAAAUACCGCAAUUGGUAUCCAUUCACAUUUAUUGUAUCGAUGAUAUGGAUCUCGUUCUAUUCAUAUUUUAUGGUUUGGAUGAUAACCGUGAUUGGUUCAACAUUGGCCAUACCAGACACGGUUAUGGGAUUGACAUUUGUGGCUGCUGGUGUAUCUGUACCCGAUGCCCUAAGCUCAAUAGCGGUAAUCAAAGAAGGCUUCGGCGAUAUGGCCGUAUCGAAUGCGAUCGGCUCGAAUGUCUUUGAUAUCCUAGUGUGCUUAGGUCUUCCGUGGUUUAUACAAACGGCCAUUAUAAAGCCUGGCUCGCACGUCAAUGUCAUCUCGAAAGGUUUAGCAUAUUCGACCUUAUCGCUUUUCUCGACGGUCAUCUUUCUCAUUAUGUCCACACAUUUGAACGGCUGGAAAUUGGACAAACGACUCGGCAUUAUACUGAUGAUUUGGUAUUUGUGCUUCAUCACAUUGGCCUCGCUGUAUGAGUUGAACGUAUUUGGUUACAUGAACCCACCGGAAUGUGCCAGUGAUUAUUAGAAAAAUAAAUGCGGCUGGAUUGAGAAUAUAGAAACAACACAGAAGAAGCUGAAAACAGAAGAUAAUUUUAAAUCAAGCAUUCAGAGGACUAAGCUACAGACAUACAUAAAUUCAAUAAAUAAAUGGGUCGACAUCAAGUAGGUUUCGCGGUUUAUGAGGCAACAAAACAAAGUGCAGUUUACAUCCAUAUCUACUCUUUUCUAUGUAUGUAUGUAAGCCAAAAGCGAUUUGAAUUUUGUUCUGUUGCUGUGCGGCUGUGAAGCGAAGCUGGACAAAUGCAUUUGUUAAGUUUACUCCACGUUUUGAUCUCGUGUCUUCUACAAAAGCAUCAUUCACACAAGCAACUGGCACAGAACACAACCACAACCACAACCGCAUACGUAUGCGAAAAAAAACUUAAAAAGAAACACUUCAUAUGUACUUCAGUACAUGUGCCAUAGUACAGCGAGUCUGCAUCAAACUCUAAGCUCCAAUCCACAAUCUCCAUAUCUUAUUACAUAGCGGUGCAUACUGGACAAAUGCUUACAUACUGACACACAUACAUACAUACAUAUACGGAUUAACGACUGCAAAACAGAAAAUUUUCACCAUUAUCAAUUAAACGGCACCAGCUGUACGCUCAGCGCAAUGAAAUACUUGUAGUCAAAUACAGGGUGAUUGAGUGAACUUGUAGUUAUGUUGAUUUGAUGGCGUUGAUUUUUUAAUACACGAAACGUUAACUAGCUAUAAAUAUAUAAUUACUUGGAUAUACAAGUAUGUAACUUAUAUGAAACCAACACAAUCUGCUCCUCUUCCUCAACUUCUGGCGCCUCCAUUAACGUGUAUGUAUGUAUGCCACAUUAUUGAAAACCUUCCAGGUAUUGCAAAAAUAUAGGACAAACUCAACAAAAUUACAAAUGAAAAUAUAAAAAAUUAUUUAAAUAGAUAAAAAAUAAAAUGUAACGAAAAGAUAGCGUAUACCAUAUUAGCACGGCACCAUAUUUACAACAACAUUUUAAUAUACAAACCAAUUCGCAAAAGUAAAAUGUUAGUACAUACGUUUUUACAUCGCACGAAGCAACAAGUUAUAUAAUAUGUAUAAAUAUUCAUAUGUAUGAAAAAUAUUGACAAGUAAUACUCCUAAUGCAAGUAAUACUCCUAAAGCAAAAGUUUAAAAUGAAAGCUAUAAAAAUAGUGCGGUUCAAAUGACUGUUUUUAAAGUGAUAUCUUAAAGGGUUCUUAUUUAUAUUAUUUAAAGUAUAGUAUUUGUUAAAUUUAUUUUUUUAUUAUGCUAUAGCUACUAAAAGUAUAUUCAUUUUGAAAUUUAAAAAUUGCAACUUUUAAAUAAUUUGUAAAAUUACAUUAAAGUUCUAAUAAAUUUUAUUUACCUCUUUUAUAAUAUUUGUCAAAAGAUUUGAAUUGUUAUACUACAUGGCAACAAUAAAAAAAAGGUAUAGAAAAUGUAUCUCCUGUGAAAGUUACGGAAAUGAAUAUACGAGUAUGCACAUUCUAUGGAGAACAGACUUUGAAAUUUACCCCCCGCUUACGAGAGUAAAAAAAUUUUGGACAUCCUGUAAAAAUACUUAACUUAAGACAUCAAAUUUCAUUUUUAUAAAUUCCCCUAUUUACGGCACAUGGUUACGAAAAUGAACUCUUUAACGAAUUGUGAUGAUUUUAAAAAUUAAUGAUUUUUGUAGCCAAAAUGUGACUUUGCUUAAGAUUUUUAAAACCAUACAUUGUCCAUAAAAAACAAAGAUCGGGAAAAUACAUUUUUGGAAAAAUUCAGAAAUUAUUAAAAAAUAUUAAUUCUUUCAAAAAGUUUCUGUGUUUUAUAUUUCUUUAAAUUAAAGAAUAUACUCUUCGAAAAAUCCUCAAGCUAGCAGCUCAAGUAAAUACGUUCCAAGCGAAAGCCAGCAAGAAAACUUAUUUGAAGUUAAGAAAGAGCUAAGCUGAUCGCUUUUUAUUGAAAUGGAAAUAUUUUUGUUAGAUUAGUAUAGGAAAUGUUUACAAUAUUGUUGGCAUAUAUCUAUAAAUGAACUUGAUAUCUAUUUUUUUUCGAAAAUGUUACUUACGUACAUAUAUUUUUUCGAUAAUACUUUUUUAACCUCAUCAUGACACUUAUAAAGAACCGUUUUAAAAGAUGAGUGACUUUGAAAACAGCAUUGAUGCCGUAAAUGAAAAUAAAAUUAUUUUAAUAAUACAAUAAAAUAUAUAUAAAUAAUAAAGACCAGCAAACAACAAUACAAAUAGAUAAAUGAAACGACACUUGCACUCACUAAGUAAUGUAGAUAGGACGAAAUAUUCGAGUAAACAAAUAUUAAGAUUGCAUAUAUUAAUGUUUAAGUACAUAAAUAUAAUAUAAUAAAGCCAUAAAAUUAUAGAUUAUACAAUAGAAGCGAUAUACAUACAUCUAUAGCAAGCGUAAACGUACACAUAAGCGCAUACAUAUGUACAAUGAAAGCCCUGUAGAAAAUUCAAUGAAAACUUUUGAGCGACUAGUAAUUGUUUAGAUACAUAUGUAUGUAUGUGCUUUCGACGUUUUUAUAAAUGCAUUACCGUUAAAAAAAUAUAUAAAAAAAACCAAUACAAGUUCAAGUAAUGCGAGUAAUAUAGUUAUAUAUAAAAUAAAAAAAAUGUUAAAAAAAAUUAAUAUUUAAGUUUGACAAAAUCUCCCUCAACUACUAAAUAUACAUACAAAUAUGUAUUUGUUAUAUGUUUAUGCGCUUGCAGUAUUUUUUAGCUAAGCUUAACCAAUUUAUAUACGUACACACUUUUUAAACUUUAGAUACAUACAUAUUUUGAGUAAUGCUUUACAAAAGCUUUGUGUUUGACAAUAAUUCACAACGAUCGAAUUUUUGUAAAAAUGACUACUCUUCUCCCUAUAUUUUUGUUGUCAACUAAUCAGAUCGAUUUAAAACUACUUAAAAUUUUGAUCCAAACAUUAAUAUUUAAAUAAAAAUUUCAAUUUUAGUGUUCUCCUAUAUUGGGCAAUUAGCCAGCUUAAGAUACUUAACCUUAAGCAUAUGUAAAAACUAUGAUAUACAUAAUUUGAAUACAUAUAAAGUCUCCAAAUACAUACCUAUAUGCAGUUUAUCCCAGGCUAUUUCCAACUAACAUACACAAAAAAAAAAUAUCAGAAAAAAGAAAGCGGUUGAGGUGAAUAUAACUUAAAUUUAUCACUAGCAGAUAUCUGAAUAUAAUUUAUGUAAUACUUUCAACAGAUUGAAUAUAUGCUUCUGGUUUCCUCAUAAUUUCGGCAUUGCUCGCCAAACUUUAAGCAAUUCGAGGUCUCUUUCGACAAACUACUUAUUUUUCGAGCUUCCACAAACAAAAAUUAAAAGCUUUUGCAUGAAAGUUUUUUUGAUGUAUAGUCUUAAAUGAUACGACAAUGAAAUCUGUGUUGACUAAUGUGAAAGUUAGGUUGAAAGUAAGUUUUUUGUAUAAUUAAUAUUUUAUAUAUAUUUUAUUGUAAAUGCACCGAAUUUUCAAUUGAAUUUAAUUUUAGAAAUGUAUACUACCUUUCUCGUUAUUUUUAAAUACCUAAUUUUAGAACGAAUGCAAAAUAUAGCAUAGCAUAGCAGGGCAUAGCAUAAUAUAGAGAUUUCCACUUGAAACAACCACAUCCCCAUGGUUUCGUUUAUAGAUUUACAGGCACGCAAGAUUUUAUAUUUACAUACUAAUACAUACAACCAAUAAAAAAUAGUUAAUAUGCUUGCAUAUAUACAUACAUAAGUAUAUAUUUUAAUGUAAACGUUAACACACAAUUAUAAAUAGCUACAUUUUAUUGGAUAUGAAUAUUAAAAAUUAAUUAUUAAUUAAACACAUGGAGGGACAUGACGGAACAUUACAUAGGCAACGAAUUUUAUUUUUUAAAUUAUUUUUUGUACUAUUUUUAAGUAAAGUUGUAAACAAAUAAGUAUUAAAAUAUGAAUAUAAAACAUGUAAAAAUAAUAUCACAACAAAAGGCAGUAAUGGAAGAAAUAAUGAACGAGCGAAUCCAGUGAAAGUGGAGUAAUUCAAUAUUGUUGAUGGCUAAAUACUACAUAUUAAAAUAAGUACACAAACAAUUUUCUGUAGCUUUAGUGUUGUUUGUUAAAUUUCAAAACCAGUUACUGCUUCAACACAAUUAAUACAUACAUAUAUGUAUAUGUAUAUUUGCUUAAUUACAUAUGUAUAUGUAUGUGUGUAUGAACUUUUCACUAUGUACUUGUAAACAUACCCAAAAAAUACUAAAUAUAAUACAAAAAUGGAUUGUAAUAAAUUGUGAAAAAUUUAAAUUUGUUAAACUACUUACAUACUUAUUACCAAAUACGAAACAUACGUGCAUACAAACAAACAAACAAAUAAAUAAAUAUAUGCCCGCAAACACAAUUGUAUAUCUACUAAUUAUGGAAUAAACGAAACUAUAUGAAAUAAAUUAUAUAUACUUGUAUACAUAUAAAUAUAUAUACAUACGUAUAUAUAGUGCAUAUACAUAUACAUAUGUACAUACAUGCUAUACAUAUAAAUACAUAGUUGUUUUUGUUAUCCAAAUAAUAUUAUAUACUAUUAAGAUUGAUAAAUGUAAAUUGGACAUUUGAACACAAAUACACACUCGUACACAUACACACACAUACACACACAUACACAUACAUACACAUACAUACAUACAAACAUACGCAAAACAACGCAAGCUGUUACACUAAACUCAAAACUACUAACUAAAAAAAAAAAAA